UAAUAUGGAAAUACACGUGUGCACUACAUUGUAUUCGGGUUUCAAUGAUAUGUUGAUCCACGCGAGUCCAAUUAUAGUCAGCUAACGAACGCGAGUAGCUAGGUAAAAUGGCGGUCAAAUUAGCUAGCUAGCCAAUGUUAUGCUAGCAUUAGGGAGCUAGCUAGCCAGCUGAUCUAAAUAACUAAUAGCAAACGUUAGGUAAAUAUCAGAAAUAGUUAACCAAACAUAUAUAUUUGAACAAAAUUACAAUUUAUGCAAUUCUUCACGAAAGCAAUUCGUGUGCCUGCAUUUCUGCGAAAUAUCAUGGCGUCGGCUAGCUAGUAACACCUUACGUUAGCCAGCCAAUUCGACUGAAUGUCGUAGCUAGUAGUGUGCUAGCUAGUCUGAGUCAACAAAUUGCCAUUUAUCAAGAUAUUUAGUUUACUAGUUGUCGAACUGCACAUUUUUGGUAAUCCCAUGUCUUUAGCUAUCACACUUAGCUAAACUGGCACAGUGAUUAACUCACGUCAUUACUUAGCUAACGUUUGCAUUUAGCCAGGCGACAUCAACUAACUAGGUACAGUACGUUAGUUGGCUUGCUAGGUAACGUUAGUUAUAAGGCCAUCCCCAACUUAACAGUGCCUUCAACUAUUCACACCCCUUGAAUUUUUCCACAUUUUGUUGUUACACAGCCUGAAUUUAAAGUUCAAUUUAGAUUUUUACCCAAUCAUGUCAAAGUGGAAUUAUGUUUCUUGAAAUUUGUACUAAUUAAUUAAAAAUGAAAAGCUUAAAUGUCUUGUUUUAACAAGUUAACGUUACAUCCGUUGCAUGGCCUCACUCUGUGAAAUAAGUGUUUACUAGUGGUGUAAAAAUAUUUUUAGGUACUUUUAUCUGUACUUUUAUAUUUUUGACCACUUACUACAUUCCUAAAGAAAAUAUUGUACUUACACCAUACAUUUUCCCCUCACAACAAAAAGUAUUUUGAAUACUUAGUAGAACAGGAAAAUGGUGCAAUUCACACAACUUAUCAAGAACAUCCCUACUUUCACUGAUCUGGCGGACUCAUUAAACACACGCUUCGUAUGUAAAUGAUGUUGGAGUGUGCCCCUGGUUAUCCGUAAAAAGGAAAAUGGUGCUGUCUGGUUCUCUUAAUAUAAGGAAUUUUAAAUGAUUUAUACUUUUACUUUUGAUACUUAAGUAUAUUUUAGCAGUUGCAUUUACUUUUGAUACUUAAGUACAUUUAAAACCAAAUAGUUUUAGACUUUUACUCAUGUAGUAUUUUACUGGGUGACUCACUUUUACUUGAGUAAUUUUCUACUAAGCUGUUGUACUUUUUCCACAACUGGUGUUUACCGUGAUUAAAUGAGUACCUCAUUUUGGUGCGUACUCAGCACCCUCAUGUGCUCCUUGUUGACCCAUAACCUCCAACUCAGUUAUCAAGUGUGCAGACGACACAACAGUGGUAGAACCUGAUUACCAACAAUGACAAGACAGCCUACAGGGAGGAGGUGAAGGACCUGGCAGAGUGGUGCCAGGAAAAUAACUUCUCUGUCAACAAAACGAAGCUGAUCGUGGACUUCAGGAGACAGCAGAGGGAGUACGUCCCUAUCCACAUCGACAGGACUGCAAUGGGGAAGGGCUCUCCAGAGGGUGGUGCUGUCUGCUCAAUGCAUCACCGGGGGCACACUGCCUGUCCUCCAGGACACCUACAGCACCCGAUGUCACAGGAAGGCCAAAAAGAUCAUCAAGGUCAUCAACCACCCAAGCCACGGCCUGUUCACCCCUCUAUCAUCCAGAAGAUGCCACACUCGAGACGGUACCCGUCCUCAGAAAGGGCCAGCCGGAGCAGCUAUCAAGACCGGGACAGAGACAGAGGACGCAAGCAGAGGCACCGCAGAUCGCCCUCUUUUUCCUCUAGCAGUGACCGGGAGAGGGAUCGGGACAGAAGGGGACGGGGAAACCGACAGGAGGGAAGCUACGCUCGCUCCAGGAGCUACGAUAAUCGCUCGGCAGACCGCAGGCCAUACGACCGGCGCUACUGUGAGGGCUACCGGCGCCUGGACCAGAGCCGCGAACGAGACCGCGGAAACCGGGAAAGGGAACAUGGAGGUGCACCAGCAGCAGUAGCCGACGGCGGUUACUACGCACGUGACUUCUCACCGAGCAUGUGCGACUACCGGAGAGGGCGCGAGAGGGAACGGGAGGAGUCGUACCGAAGGAAGGGCAGCAGGCGUAAGCACAAACGAAGGCGGCGUAGAACCAGGUCCUAUAGCCCAUCCUCCUCGCGGAGUGACAGCCGGACGCGGGCACUGAGUGUGAGGGACGACGAGGAAGGGCACCUGAUCUGUCGGAGUGGGGACGUCCUGCAAGAGAGAUAUGAGAUUGUCAGCACUCUGGGGGAAGGCACCUUUGGGAGGGUGAUGCAAUGUAUUGACCAUCGUCGGGGAGGGGCCGCUGUUGCUCUGAAGAUCAUAAAAAAUGUGGAGAAAUACAAGGAAGCAGCUCGUCUGGAGAUCAAUGUGCUGGAGAGAAUCAAUGAGAAAGAUCCGGAAAACAAACACCUGUGUGUGCAGAUGUACGACUGGUUCGACUACCACGGCCACAUGUGUAUCUCCUUCGAGCUGCUGGCCCUCAGCACCUUCGACUUCCUCAAGGAGAACAAUUACCUGCCCUAUUCCAUCGCCCAGGUCCGACACAUGGCCUAUCAGCUAUGCCUGUCCGUCAAGUUUCUCCAUGAUACCAAGUUGACGCACACAGACCUGAAGCCAGAAAACAUUCUGUUUGUCAAUUCCGACUUCACGAUGACCUAUAACGUAGAGAAGGUCGUUGCUGCAAAUGAGAACGUGUUCUCAGUCAACUUACCUGGUAAAAUAACGAAGCGCGACGAGCGGACAGUGAAGAGCACGGACGUACGGGUGGUGGACUUUGGUAGCGCCACAUUUGACCACGAGCACCACAGCACCAUCGUCUCCACACGGCACUACCGCUCCCCGGAAGUCAUACUAGAGCUGGGCUGGAGCCAGCCGUGUGAUGUGUGGAGCAUCGGUUGCAUCCUGUUCGAGUACUACCUGGGCUUCACCUUGUUCCAGACUCAUGAUAACAGGGAGCAUCUGGCCAUGAUGGAGAGAAUACUGGGGCCGGUGCCCUCCAGGAUGAUACGCAAGACGAGGAAGCAGAAAUAUUUUUACCGCGGACGUCUGGACUGGGACGAGAGCUCGUCAGCUGGGAGAUACGUGAGGGAGAACUGCAAACCCUUACGGAGGUACCUGUUGUCGGAAGCCGAGGAGCACCAUCGGUUGUUUGACCUGAUUGAGAGCAUGCUGGAAUACGAGCCCGCUAAGCGCCUGGCCCUGGCAGACUCCCUCAGACACCCUUUCUUCGAAUCGGGGACAGCAGGCGAUGCGGUGGGGGGGAAGACCUGGGAGGGCAACCGCGACAUCAGCCGGUGACCCGGGACCUCCACAGACUCUUAACGAUAGAGCGAUUUAUUUAUUUUCAGGUGGAGCAGACCGAUACGACCACUUAAGGCAGUACGGCCAAAUUCGAUGGACCUUACCAGUCGGUCUGAAAUCCUUUGGCCAUUCAUCACAGCAUGGACCCGUUUCCUCCUGCUUACUGUACGGCCCCCACAGUUAGGAGAGAGGCUCAUGCUGGCAGCUAGAAAACCAGAAGGACUUCAGAAAAAGACAGCCCUCCUUUUUGUCCUCUCGGCUUCUGCUCCGACAGAAGGCAAAUGACCAAGAGAGGAGUUUGUAGCCCAACCUUAGAUUACCCAGACCCAGCUCCAGUCUUCCGCAUGUAAAGGAAAGGACCGGCCUCGUGUAGUGGAACACUAGUGAGAGCAAGAGAAGCCUUGCUCUGAAAGCCAAUAUCGUGACCGCUUCAUUUGAGGUGAAACGCUUGGGGAAGAGGGGGCACUGUCUUGUAUUUAUUUGGAAACUUGUCAAUGCCACAGCAAUCGAUCUUGGCUAAUGUUAGCCAAUCGAAUGGCACGUUUCGUCGAUGAGUGAUUGCCACUCCACAUGUAUUGCUUAUAUAGGCCUCUCCUAUUGAUAUAAUAUAUCUACUGUAUCUCUGUUACGUAUGCAAUGCUUUUGAGGAGAGGGAUUGAUGCCAUAUUAAUGUAAUAAUAGUACUCACAACUGGACAUGUUUUCUCAUCUGUUCUUCAUCUAGUCUGGGGAAAUGACAGACACUCACAACAAUCAGACCCCCAUACAACACAAUCUGCAAACUGCCUUUUUACAUGUGUGAUAGUAUCAGGCCUGUGGUCUGAGAUGAAGCACACACAGGGUCAUAAUAGUAACGUAUGGCAUCCCCGAUGCCACAGGCACACAGCAGCACCCGGUUUACAGUAUUUAUUAUUAUUAUCUCCUCCCUGUACAUUCAUAUUUUUUUUGUAUAAGAUUUAAAUGUAUAAAACGAUGUAUGAUUCUGUCAAAUUAAAGUUAAGUCCUCCUUUGCCAAGGCUUGUAGCGCCGUUGGUUGAGUUAUGGGGAGGCGUUUUUGUCUUAAGUA